AUGAAAGGCGUACGAUGGCGUAAUUGGAUGGAAGAUAAGAGAGGGUCUCUAAUGGUGGUGGCCACAGUUAUUGCAACCAUGACUUUCCAAAUUGCCAUAAACCCUCCAGGGGGUGUUUGGCAAGCAAAAACACAUGACCAGCAAGGUUGUGAAGCUGUAAUUUGCACCGCUGGAGCCUACGCCAUUUGCAUUUGGAUGAUAUUGAAUCCUCUUAAAAAACUUGUUGGAACCAUCACCCUUUAUUAUGCACUGUUUUGGGGAGGGUUCCCUGUUUUGAUCUGUCUGGCAAUCUUCUGUCGCCUUGCGUUUUGGAUUCUCAAGAGAUUCUCCCGCUUCUUGUGUUGCCCCCACAAGAAUAUCACAGGAUCUGUUUGA